AUGCGGUGGCAGAGGGUUGUAACUUAUGUGCCAGGCAAGACCCCGGAUCAGAUAAAGGAACACUUUCAUGCAUUGCUCCACCACUUGUACCGAGUUGAACCGGGUCGGUUUGAGUUGCCCAGUUACUCAUAUGACUCCGCGACGGUCAUGGUAGAAGCAAAUGAUAGUUUGCCUGAGAAGACUACUCCGGUUCAGAAGAAGAAAAUGUGGACUUGGACUGAAAAAGAACAUAGGUUAUUUCUGAUUGGGCUAGAGAAAGAUGGCAAGGGAGAUUGGAAAAGCAUUUCAAGGAAUGUUGUUAAAUCAAAAACUGCAACUCAAAUUGCUAGCCAUGCCCAAAAGUAUUUCAUUCGUCAAGGUUUCCCAAAAGAGCAGAGAAAAAGAACAAGCAUCCAUGACAUAACCAUAAUAAAAGACAUUGCCUUGGGUGAUCAGCUUCAUUCUCCAAAUGUUCCAAUGCAGGAGCCACAAGCACAACAAAUUCUGCAAAGUUGUUUUCAUCCAGCUCCUAAUAUUCCAGUGCAGCAAAUUCAUACAACAGAAAUUAUGAAGAAUAUGGUUCAUGCUCCUAGUGCUCCAAUGCAGCAGUUAAAGGAGCAGCAACAAGACCAAGAAACUAUGCAAAAUUGGGUUUAUCCUCCUUAUAUUCCAAGGCAUCAAUUACAUGCAAUGCAACAAGCACCAGAAAUUCUAAAGAAUUUAGUUUAUGCUCCUAAUAUUCCACUGCAGCAGCUACAAGAGCCGCAGAGUUGGGUUCUCAAUGUUCCAACGCAGCAAAACCAAUAA